CGCGGUGGUUUUUAUUACCCCGCGACUAUUCAAGACGCUAUCGGCGGGUGAAACGUGGCCUCAAAUAUUUAUGCUACAGACACGAAGAACGACACUGUUGCAAUCGAUAGGGGAGUCAAUGUGCAAACAAGUUUCAUUCUUGGGGGGUUAGGGAAGAUUAAUGAAAUCAUCGCUUCGUACGCGGGAAAAUUGGUGGUGGUGAAUCAGUGCUUUCACGCGGAGGGAAUUACUUCGUAUUACGAAACGUUCCACACGGAGGACAAUCUACAAUCUAAUUGAAGAACUUGCGAAAUAUUCCAGCGAUCGUCUCGAAAAAUAUAGAAUUUUAGAUUUAACGUAGGAAUAAGUGCGUCGUUAGGCACGAGAUUUGACAUACUGGGGCCUAAAUAAGUGCUUCUUCACAAGUCAUUGGUGUACGUGUACGUGGGCCGAAGCAACAGCUGAGCAGGCUUGUAGCACCUGCUUCAGCGAUAUAGUUUACCCCCUCGGCACACACCCACGCACAAUACUGUCAUCAGGAGUAAUAUCGAUGUUCCGUUUAUCUGCUCGUAUCAGCCUGAGUAGGAACGAGUUGGUUUCAUUGCAUACCAGAAACGACUGUUUGACUCAAUUGGGGAUCAACUGAUUUUCGGGGGUGAUUUAUUUGCCAGUUUAUCACCGAAAAAUUUAACAACUAAUUGGUGAUGAAUAGAUUGAUGCGACAGAUACCCAAGGGGAAGAUUGGUGAAUCAUCGAAGUGCAUUCGUGAGAUACAAUGGUGCAAUGGGUCUCAACGGACCCAAUAGUCAGUGAAUUUUCCCAAGGUGUUUGGGGCACCCCUCGUGCCGUCUGCAAAUCUCCUCCUGAGGACUUUCCCGAAAAGAAUAAGCUGUUCCCCUUUUCCGACGCCGAUACGAGUAACGGAAGGCUAGUUGGAUUUAAAAUCCAAAUGAGAAGCCACCAAGAAAUCAAGUCAUCAAGAACACCUCCGCAUCCUCGGGAUAACUCAAAAAUUCAUUAAGAAAACAUUUCUCUCAACUUUCACGUUUCCUGAUUAUCAAAAUAAAUUGAGACAUGCAUGAAGAAGAUUGUUGUCUUCAGCGCUGAACCACCAAUCGAACUUUAAUCAUUAUUGUCCAUCCACGAAGCCCUGGAAUAUUAGAUAGCUACGCAAUGCUGUCCAAUAGAACCUACAAGGGGGAGAUGAUGGAUCAUAUUCAUUUAAAGGGAAGCGUUCGCGCAAUUCAGUGUUGACUCUUCUUUGGGCAGAUCAAUCAUCACGAGAUCAACUUACUGAGUUCCUUGGAACUGCCUUCCUAUGAUUAAUCCAGGAGUGGGUCUACAGUCGAGGCUGGAGUUUACGCAUUUGGUGGAAGGAGACAUUGGACUAUUUUGCGGUUGUCUGAUGGGUUGUUAUACCGUCGUGUGUGAUGUCACAGUUGACGGCUUCCGCAGGCCGAGACAUGGUUUUAAUUAUCAACUCGUCCUUCAAAUUGUUGCUGAGGGAGUGAAUAAGCACUUUGAUUUUUGUUGUCUUCGGGUUUGAUCUUGGAUUAUUUGGUUCAUAAUUUCCGACUCGUUCGAAUCAUCGCGGAAUAUUCUGAUGAUUUCAGAGGGAGAUGUUGUGCACAUCACCACAUCUGAAUGUCAUGUUUGAAUGUCACUUCAAAUGGCCUUUCAGAAUUGCGAAUUAAAUCAAUGACAACGAAAGAAAAAUUCUGUAAUUAACGAAAUCAAUUUUUACCGGGAGCGAUGAAAUAUUAACGUAACUCUCCUCUCAAAAUUAAGGAUUUCCUAACUUUCCCGGGUCUGAAGUGAGCCUUAAUUAUCCUGAAGGCUUCAUUCCAUAAAAAUCAAUGCGCUCCGCGAGUGAUAAUUAAUUUACUGCAUUCAACAAAAUUAAUUAUUCCGAAGUUUACCCGCUCCGUGAUUUCACGGCACCCCAGUCUCCCAAUUAAAAAUUCCUCGCAAGAAAAAUAAUGGAGAACAAAACAUCUAAAAUUUCAAUCUAAAAUCAAAUUUUCCCCACUAAUCAUUCAAAAAUCGAGCAAAACCAAGUAAUUAACAAUUUCGGCGGGAAAAAUUGUGCACCCUCGCGGCUCAUAGUCCCCCACACAACCCAAUAUAUCACCCUGUCUCGGCAUCUCCAAAAGAGCAAGAAAAACCCCAGCAAAAAAUCCCCAAAAAAAUCACCCCUCCCCAAAUGACCAAAAAAGAAAAAACUCCUGCGCCUGUGCCCAACGGCCUUUCUUCCCCCUGUGCCCCCACCCACAUUCCCCCCACUUCUUACGCACUUCCCCUUGCGCAACGCCUCCCACUCUCCAUUUUUCCACUUUCUUUUCCCUUCUUCGCGCAAUCCCCACCCCGCCACAUUUUUUUCGAGUUAGAAUCCUCGGAGUGGGGACUAAAUAAUCCCCCCACCCACCCUUCUCCGUUCACCCCACCUCGGGAGGGGGUGCCCAAGAGGAUGAGGAUAAUUUUUAAAACGUCACUUGUGGAAAAAUAAAAAUUUCCGAGUGAAAAAAGUGAUUGGUUAUCGUCAUUGAUCGAACAGAGAAGGGAAAGUCCUGGGGAGGGAGCAGGAGAAUCUCAUUUUCCAAAAAAAAAAAUAUCAAUAGAAAACGGCUAAAGGGUGUGAGGGGGUUGUUUCACAGCUGUGGAGAGCGGAAAAUAUUGGGAGGGAAGGGGAAAAAUUCACCGGAUCCUCAGAGACACCCGACAUAUUUACAGGGUGUUUCAGGAAAACACUCUAGAGGUCCCUCGGAGGUUCACUCCUCCUCUCCCCCUCCCCUCGCCCCUCAUGCUUCCGGCGAUAUCGGGUUUAUUAGCACGCUCACACCGUGUGACACCUGCGUCGAAGUGGAUAAAUAAGUUACGACAAAAAUCAAUUCCGACAUUUUCUGGGGGGGAAAAAAAAACGAACGGGUGAAGCGAAAUGAACGUUAACCGCAGACGUUAUAGCCAUUUUCGUUGGCUACCGGCUCUCGCAUCUGCGUUACCU